AUGUCAUCCAACACUUUCAGCAAUUCGUUUAAUACCGUUGUGGAUGUGGGCAAAAUAAUAGCCAUUGUCGUGGGCUCGAUCGUCGGUGCAGUAAUUCUAAUUGGUAUCAUCAUUGUACUCAUCUACAUUUGUAAAUCGAAGAAGAAAGUGGGCGGUGUGAUAUUGUCUCAGCAGCCUGCAUAUCAGCAACAACAGCAACGUUUCCAAUCUUAUCCUGCCCCUUAUGCUACAUACUCAGCGACAGCUGGUAGCUAUGGUAGUGGGCCACAGUUUCCCAGUGCUCCGCCGCCCUAUUCUCAAGAUCAAUGGCAAAACCAACAGCAACAGCCACCUACUCGCCAAAAUACAAGUAUAAAUCCUCUGCCUCAACAACGUGUGGCAGAAAGUCCGCUACUUCAACAUCCUCCCAGUGAAAUGCCAGCAUUAGCUGUAUCAGAACAGUAA